CCAAAAAAAAAAAAAAAAAGCAAAGGGAAAUUCAACUCAUCUUUUGAUUCUUAGAGCUGCAGGAACAGAGAAACAACGAAGAAGAGAAAAGGUGAAGAAGAAGAACCAGUCAGGGGGGGAGAAGAGAAAGAGAGAAGAAUUGGGGAUGGGGGUGGACUUUUACAAGAUUCUGCAGGUAGAUAGGAACGCUAAAGAUGAGGACUUGAAGAAGGCAUACAGAAAGCUUGCCAUGAAAUGGCAUCCUGACAAGAACCCCAACAACAAGAAGGAGGCUGAAGCUAAGUUCAAGCAAAUUUCUGAGGCCUAUGAUGUUCUAAGUGAUCCCCAGAGAAGAGCUGUGUAUGAUCACUAUGGUGAAGAGGGCUUAAAGGGUCAGAUGCCACCGCCAGGGGCUGGUGGAGAUACCUAUUUCUCCACGCAAGAUAUACCGACAAGUUUCCGAUUCAAUCCGCGAAACGCAGAUGAUAUAUUUGAUGAGAUUUUUGGGUUUUCAAACCAUUUUGGUGGUGGCAGUGGUGGUGGUGGUGGUGGUGGUGGUGGUGGUGGCGGCGGCAUGAGGGCCUCAAGGUUCUCAAGUUCAUUGUUUGGUGAUGACAUUUUUGCUGAAGCAAUGGGAGGAGGAGGCGGUGCAUCAAUGCACCAAAGUGCACCAAGAAAAGCGCCCCCAAUUGAGAAUACAUUGCUUUGUAGUCUUGAGGAGCUGUAUAAGGGGACUACUAAAAAGAUGAAGAUCUCUAGAGAAAUUGUUGAUAUUAGUGGCAAAACCAUGCAAGUGGAGGAGAUUCUAACUAUCAACGUGAAACCUGGAUGGAAGAAAGGUACAAAAAUCACCUUCCCAGAGAAAGGGAAUGAACAGCCAAAUGUCAUUCCUGCAGACUUAGUCUUCAUCAUCGAUGAGAAACCACACAGUGUGUUCACUCGAGAUGGGAAUGACUUGAUUGUCACACAAAAGAUUUCUCUAGCUGAAGCCUUGACAGGAUAUGCUGUUCAUCUCACUACACUGGAUGGUAGGAACUUAACCAUCCUAAUUGACAAUGUAAUCCAUCCAAACCAUGAGGAGGUUGUUCCAAGGGAAGGGAUGCCGAUCCAAAGAGACCCUUCAAAAAGAGGAAACUUGAGAAUCAAAUUCAACAUCAAGUUCCCAAAUAGGCUGACACCUGAGCAGAAAGCUGGAAUCAAGAAACUCUCGAUUCUUUGAGAUUGACGGUGCCUAAUGAUAAUUUAUCGACGUGAAGGGAGCAGUUCUUGUGAAUAUCUAUUUAUGAAGACUAGGUGAUCCUAUGAAAUACUACUGCUUCUUGGUUGGUUCUAGAUUUAGCUAAAACACUGGUUUUUAUUAGUUAAAUAGCAUGUUUUGGUUUGCUGGUAAUAAGUUCUUUCAUGCUUCUGAGCAGUCUUCUGAAUCUGGUGGUGCUGAGAAUUGUUUGUACUAGAGGGAACCAUAAUGAGUUUUCCAUUUUCUUUGAAAAUCAGCAAUUUUUCUUGCACUCUUCUGCAGUAAAUCUUGGUGUAGUGAGAAGGGUGGAUUAAGAGGGAAGGAAAAAAAAGAAAAGAAAAAGGGGGAAUCCAA